AUGGAUGGAAUUACUAUGGAUCAUGAAAACGAAUUACUGGAAAAAAUCUUUUUCAAGCUGCAGUACUUGGAUCGAACGAUAUGUGAUGAGUUUUAUCAAAGACUCCUGGCGAAUGAUCCAGCAGACAUGAGGGAAAAACCAGUAGAUUACCAUUGCGCGUUUAGUGUAGAUCCGCCAAAAAAUUGCACCUGGGAGAAUGGUAUGGCAAUGGCUUCUAAUGCCAGUGGAUAUUGGAUAUUGGUAGGCUUGAGUAUAAGCGGUCCCAAUUGUAGCUACCCUGGGCGUUUUAUAGAUAUCACCCAAUAUACAUUAUGGAUGGAAUCGUUCUCCACGCUCGGAGAUGAUGAUCUUUUUUUUAAGGACGACAUUUUUAAUAGUCAAUUUCACACAGGGAGAUAGCUGUGAUACAUUUAGGUGAAUGUUAAAGUUGCCCUAGAUUGGUAUUACAUUCGCAGGUUCGAGGCGCAGGUGGAGUAAUUUCACAAAAAAUAUCAUAGUAGUUCAACGUUGUAAUUAAAAAAGCGACAUCUCUUGUCAACCUCUGGUAGCCGUAAAGGUACCUGGCUGAGUGGAUAAAAACUUACAUAGAUUUCCCAUAAAUGGCGCUACAAAACAAAGCUCUGUAACAAAACGCAUAGAGAAAUUUGUAAGGUGCAGACCUUCUUCCAUCUUGACUCGAUCUGUAACUUAGGUAGACCGGUUGCCCUAGAUUGGCAUUACAGACGAAGGU